ACGGCUUUAGCUUUGCAGUCUGGGCCUGUGACUACAGAGCCCUCGUUCCGAUGUCAAUGCCCUUUCCCUUUAUCCUCUCCCUCCAAUUAAAAUCGAGGCGAAAGAUGAGGAGAACGAAAGCUAAAGCUGGAAAGCAGCAGCAGCUACACAACACUCUCCGAACCCCGAGCACAAAACUCACUAGUCCCAGUCUCUAGCAUUGUUUCGGCUUCCAUGCAUCUUCCAUCCACCAACAACAACAGGGAAAUGAGGGAGGAGAGAUCGCCUCGUUCCGCAGCUCACGCACGCGCCGCUCUCUUUCUGUUUUUUCUCCCUUGUUCCUGUUUCUGUAUCGUCGAUUCGGGGACUUUGGAGGGGGACUUGAGCGCGCUGCUGGAGUUCAAGGUCGCCUGCGACGCCGCCGGAAGUCUCGGAAGUUGGAACCGCUCCGACCCCUCGCCCUGCGCGUCGUGGCGGGGCGUUGCCUGCGCCGGUGGCCGUGUCACGCGCCUCGUGCUCGAGGGCCUGGGCUUCGCUUGCUACGGCGGGCUUCCGGCCGUUGCCCGGCUCGACCAGCUCCGCGUGCUCAGUCUCAAGUCGAACCGCCUCGCCGGCACCAUCCCUGAUCUGUCCCCUCUUUCGGCUCUCAAGCUUCUGUUCCUUUCUCGCAACCGGCUCUCCGGCCAGAUCCCACCGUCGGUUGGUUCGCUCGGUCGGCUUUACCGUCUCGACCUCAGCUCGAACAACCUCACGGGCCCAGUGCCGGCGUCUCUCAACCGGCUUGGCCGACUGCUCACGCUACGGCUCGACGUGAACCUGCUUUCCGGUCCCAUCUCCGGCCUCGUGCUUCCUAAUCUCCAAGACCUCAACUUAUCCUCGAACAUGCUCUCCGGGGCCAUUCCGCCGUCGUUUGGAGCAUUCCCCUCCUCGGCUUUCACAGGAAACCCUGCUCUCUGCGGCGGUCCUCUUCCUACCUGCCGUGACGUGGUGAGCGACCCUAGCCGCCCCUCAGCGGGAGCCGCGGCUCCUGUUCCUCCUGCCGCCGCGGUCGUGGCGUCAUCCCCUUCUGCCAAGCCUGAUAUUUCAUCACCUCACGGCGCCGCUGCGGGCGGUGAACGCGGCGGGAUGAACAGAGUGGUAGUGGUGGCCAUCGUCGUCGGCGACUUUGCGGUGCUUAUCCUCGUCUCUGGCCUUCUGUUCUGCUACUUCUGGCGCAAGUUCGCCGGGAAGAACCCGUCCCGCCUACACGAAGGAGAAAAGAUAGUAUACUCCUCCAGUCCCUACGCCGUCCAAGGAUCCGCCGUGGCGGGCGCCGCCGGGAGCGGAUUCGAGAGGGGCAAGAUGGUCUUCUUGGAAGGAACGAAGCGGUUCGAGCUGGAGGACCUCCUCCGAGCGUCGGCGGAGAUGUUGGGGAAGGGUGGCUGUGGGACGGUGUACCGAGCAAUGCUCGACGAUGGUACGGUCGUCGCCGUCAAGCGCCUCCGCGAAGUCCCACUCGGCGGAAAGCGGGAUUUUGAGAGCCAUAUGGAGGCCCUUGGUCGCCUGCGGCACCCCAACAUCGUCCCCCUCAAAGCCUACUACUACGCCCGCGACGAGAAGCUGCUCGUCUACGAGUACAUGCCCAACGGCAGCCUGUUCUUUCUCCUCCACGGAAACAGAGGCCCAGGUAGGACGGCGUUGGACUGGACGACAAGGAUGCGUAUCGCAGUUGCGUCGGCGCGGGGCUUAGCGUUCAUCCACCAGGUAAGCCGCUCGCCGAAGCAGACACACGGCAACAUCAAGUCCACAAACAUACUCCUUGACAAAGAGGGCAACGCGCGGCUCGCCGACUCUGGCCUGGCCCUCCUAGGCCCUGGCGGCACGGGCUCUGGGCGCGCCGGAGGCUACCGUGCCCCGGAAGCGCCGUGCGACGGGCGACGACCAUGGGCGUCGCAGCGGGCGGACGUGUACGCCUUCGGGGUGGUUCUGCUGGAACUGCUGACGGGAAAGCCAGUGUUGGAUGGAGCGGCGACGGCCGACCUGCCGCGCUGGGUACAGUCGGUGGUGCGGGAGGAAUGGACUGCGGAGGUGUUCGACCUGGAGCUGAUGCGGUACAAAGGGAUCGAGGAAGAGAUGGUGGCAAUGCUCCAGAUCGCCAUGAGCUGCACGGCCAUCGCACCGGACCAGCGGCCUAAGAUUGUCAACGUGGUCAAGAUGAUCGAGGACAUAUGCAGCGGCGGCGGCGGCGGCGGCGGAGGAGCUGACCUCUCGCCCUCACACGACUCGUUCGAUUCGGUCUCCGACACGCCUUCCGGUUCCGACGCCGCAUAGCAUCGUAAGCUAGCCGUCGGAUUGAUUGGUGUACAUGUAAUCGUCGUCGUCGUCAUCGUCAUGCAUGCAGUAGUGUGUUGAGUAAAGAUGAGGUUUAGGGUUAAGCAGCCAAAUGAAUUAAUUAAUGAUCAUAUUUUUGUGUGAAAUGAAUGAGACAACAUUGGAUGCCA